GAGACAGAGCGCUCGGGCUCCACGGCGCUCGGCCCGCAGUCCUCUGGCCGCGCGGAGCAGAGCCAGGUGGCGCCGCCCGAGCGCAGAGCCGCGACCCACCCCGGCCGCCUUUGUCUGGGAGCGUGUGGCCUGGAGCCGCCGCUCUCGGGGGCCGGGCACGCGCCCACCGCAGUCGGUGACAGCUCGCCCCUGUCGGAGGGCGCCGGGACCGAGGGGCGGUCGGGCCGGGCCCUGCUCGCCCGCGCCUGCACGCCCGAGCGCGUGCACCGAUGCCCCCGCAGCAGGGGGACCCCGCAUUCCCGGGCCGCUGUGAGGCGCCGCCCGUUCCGCCGCGCCGGGAGCGCGGGGCGCGCGGAGGGCGCGGGCCCGGGGCGCCGGGGGGCCGGGGGCGCGCGGGCGGUGCCGAGGGGCGCGGCGUCAAGUGCGUGCUCGUCGGCGACGGCGCCGUGGGCAAGACCAGCCUGGUGGUGAGCUACACCACCAACGGCUACCCCACCGAGUACAUCCCCACCGCCUUCGACAACUUCUCGGCUGUGGUUUCUGUGGACGGGCGGCCUGUGAGACUCCAGCUCUGUGACACUGCCGGACAGGACGAGUUCGACAAACUCAGGCCGCUCUGCUACACCAACACGGACAUCUUUCUUCUUUGCUUCAGUGUUGUGAGCCCCUCAUCCUUCCAGAACGUCAGUGAGAAAUGGGUGCCAGAGAUUCGAUGCCACUGUCCCAAAGCCCCCAUCAUCCUGGUUGGAACUCAGUCAGAUCUCAGAGAAGAUGUCAAAGUCCUCAUUGAGCUGGACAAAUGCAAAGAGAAGCCAGUGCCUGAAGAGGCGGCUAAGCUGUGUGCCGAGGAAAUCAAAGCCGCCUCCUACAUCGAGUGUUCGGCCUUGACUCAGAAAAAUCUCAAAGAGGUCUUUGACGCGGCCAUCGUCGCCGGCAUUCAGUACUCAGACACUCAGCAACAGCCAAAGAAGGCCAAGAGCAGGACUCCAGACAAAAUGAAAAACCUCUCCAAGUCCUGGUGGAAGAAAUACUGCUGUUUCGUAUGAUGCUGGUGAAGAAACGUGGAGAGAGUUUUUAGAUGAAGUUGAGGUUAGAAGCUAUAUUAGCUGAAGUGACUCCUUUUCUUGUGUAGAACCUGAGGAGAGAGCGCGCGCAUGCGCGUGUGUGUAACAGGUGGAGCUCUCAGUCUAUGUAUUCUUUCUUGCCUUUGGUGUUCUUGUUUGUUUGAGCUUAGGGAUGAGCUAAUUAUGCAAGAUAUUUUUGAAGGAAGUUGAGCAUUUUUCAUAACUCUGGAAAUUCAGAGCUCUAGGCCUUUGGAUUAAUUUAUAUCUAAGAUGAAAGAGACACCCCAGGUGUGGGGGUCAAGGAUGAAAUUUUGCUACAUUAUAAUGUACAGAAGAACAAAAGACAAAAUGGUGUGGUGAACCCUCCCUUUGAUUAAGGGCUACUUAAUGCAAGUACGUUACGUACACAGGCCAGCUUAGCUUUGAAACUUCAUACUUUUAGAAAACUUUUUAAGGGACUGAAAUCUGGAAAAAAAAAAAAAAAAAGAGACACCACUGCCCACAGAGCCUCACUCCAGUCACUUUUGCCUGGUUGCUUAAGAUCGAGAAUCACCCAACAAGGAACUCCCUGCUAAUUCUAUGACACCGUGUACACCACAAAGGGAAAGCUGUUUAUCGGGAGUGUUCAUUCUUAGACCCGUUGUGUUGACGUUGUGUAAACAGGGCCACGAUGCUACAUGAGGUAGAGCAAGUGUUAGUCCAAACCCCUUAUGUUUUCUCUAGGGAGUGAUUCAUGUUGAGAUCAGAAUGUGGUAUUUGCCAGUAGUGUGCACCAAGCUGCCUAAAUCCCUGGUAAUGAGAACGCUAGGGAGCACCUGUCGGAAUUGUGUUUAGACUUCCACACUGACGUCCCAUCUGCAGGGAAGGGAGCAUUCUGGAAGGGCCUGCAGCAUGUUUGUAGGAGAAAAAAUGAACCUUUUUCCCCUUAAGUCAGCCAAAAUGUACACAUACACAUAUAUGCGUGCGCACACACACAUACACACACUUACGUGUGUAUGGCUAUAUUUGCUGCUGAGUCAGGCUUUGAAGCAGUUAAUGGGAAAAAGAA